AUGUCGUACAAUGACAAUUCGACAGCUUUAAAAGGACUGGCAAAUUAUGCUUUAGUUUUAUCCUUCUUCGUGGUUUUAUUCAAUUUUGUAGCUGGUAAAGUUUUAAUUGUCAGGCAAAUAAAGAAUACAGGACGAGUCUAUAAACCGGAACAAAGUAUUUUGAUAAGUUUAUGCUGUGCUAACUUUUUAGUGGGUUUUGCCAGCUUGUUGCAUUUCAUGUUUUUUAUCUUGGAUGUAAAGCUGCCAUAUUGGAUAAUAUACUUAACAAGUUACCAAGUCAAAUUUGCUUUGAUUGCAUCAUUACUACAUAUUCUGUUGUUAACACUUGAAAGACUGAUCUCUGUUCGAUUUCCCUUCUAUCAUCGAAAUCACAUCAACAAGAAGAAAAUUGUAUGUUUGCUGGUACUUCUUUGGAUUGCUGGCCUAAUCCCUGCCGCUGAGAGUGUGGAAAACAAUAACACAGCCAAGCAGUCGUUGUUUCUUCUGACUUUGUCCAUAUUAAUGUUUGUCGCAGAUUUUUUUCUUAUUGUUGUUUAUGCAUAUAUUAUUUACGUCGUUAGAAAAACAUCUGUAAAGCCAAACCCUGCAGUAGAUCCUCACUUACAUAUACUGAGAAUCGAGAUCGUAAAAAGGGAACGAAAAGCAACGGUGACUGCUUUUGUUGUUGUGUUGUCAUUUCCGGUCUGUACUUUACCCACAGUGAUAAAUAUGUUUGUUGCAUCUGAUGUUACGCGGCCAUAUUAUGACGUAACUUUUGUUUUUAUGUUUACGUUGCUAUUACUGCGAUCAAUACUCGACCCUAUUGUAUAUAUCCUGCGUCGCCAGAUACAAAAACGUUGUAAUAAAAUUUCGAAAGCGUUCCUUGGUUUAUCAAUCAUAGAAAGCAGGAGUAUAACAGAAGAAAGUGACUUGGCAAAGAGGAAAGAUAUCAAAAAAGACAUAAAUAUGUAA